GGUGAUGCUUUGAGUUAUUUUUAGAAAUCUUUAUGGUCUUUUACGUGGCAAGUGUAAAUUAAGUUAGUGAAAAAGCUAUAUAAAGACUUGUUUUUAUUUGCUCACACUUUCGCUUAAAAGAAGAAGAUGAUGACGAUGAUGAUGAUGAAGUUCUGUGUUCUGUUGUUGAUCAUUCAAUCGUUCACAAUAUUCAUCAAGCCAAGCGAAGCAUUUGGCAGCGAAAAAGAAGAAAAGAUCUUAAGUCCAGCUAUAACCUUCUGUGAGUUAAAAUAGAUAUAAAAAAACAAAUAAAUGAAAACAAAGCAAAUGUUCAUAUAAUAAUUAAAAAAAUUAGCAUUACGAAGGCAUGAGGUUGUAUUGAAACCCAAAAAAUUGCUGAACAGGUGGAGGAAGAUUUCCAAAAAACGAAGUUAAUGUGAAUAACAAAGGAUAACACGUUGGUGAAAAUAAAAGUACAAAAGUACCACUAUGCAAUUACAAAAGUACAGCGAAUAAGACGAAAACAACCAGUGUUAACUUCAUGCGUUAUAUAACAUUUGCAUGUACAUUGAUUAAUUUUAAAUACGUUUAAUAUGAGGACACAGAUGAGGAGUGAAAUAACAUUGGGGACGUGUUGUGUAAACUCACACUGUGUCUUCCUAAUCAGUUCGGGAUAGUGUAACUCACUCUGCCCAUAAAGGAACACCUGAUCUCUCAAUAGCUUGUAAUUCAGGUUAUUUGUUGAAGUCAAUAUUGUGGAGUUAAGAAUCGGAAUUCACCAACCACAUAGUGUGAGCGGAAACCAGUGUUGCACUGCUCAGUCAGCAUACUGUCACAUAUGGUUGUAAUCACUACUGACUGGAUUGGCGUGUCCUUCUCAAACUCAGACGUCACCUCCUGCAGUCGAGAAUAAAACUCUCUGUCUUCUUUCGUAUUCACUCUCUCGUCCAUUUUAUUAGUGGACAAUCACGACAAUCACAAAUAGAUGCAAUCAUCACAAAGACUUUGAGGAUGGCGCUGGUUUCUCAACAGACUGACUGAAUUCAACAUUCGUAAAUGGAGUCCAAUCCGUGUAGAGAAGUGGUGUGUAUGGGUACGACAAUUUAUGAAAGCGUUGUUCAGUGACACCGACUAGCAUUGUGAAGAAGUGACAAUCGCUGAUUUGUUGUGUCCCCCAAUAUAUGUUUUGAACCGUAUAGUUAUUCAAACACUAGUGUAUAAAUUCACACAUAAAAUAAUUUUAGGUAUGACAAAAUUAAUUUGAGUAUCAUUUCUGAUAUCUAACAUAUUGUAGAUGAUAGAUACGGUGAGAAUAAUUUUGAUCGAUUAUCCAUGAUUAUUCUCAAAAUGUGAAAACCAAAUCAUGGUUUUCCGAAAAAGAUAUGUCCGAAGUGAGAGAGUACUGCAGGCCAAACAAUGUGUGAAUAUUGUUCGGAAUGUUUCUCAAUCAACAAAGUAAUUCUCGGUACGCAGGGAUAAAACGUUGGUGAAAAUAAAAGUACAAAAGUACCACUAUGCAAUUACAAAAGUACAGCGAAUAAGACGAAAACAACCAGUGUUAACUUCAUGCGUUAUAUAACAUUUGCAUGUACAUUGAUUAAUUUUAAAUACGUUUAAUAUGAGGACACAGAUGAGGAGUGAAAUAACAUUGGGGACGUGUUGUGUAAACUCACACUGUGUCUUCCUAAUCAGUUCGGGAUAGUGUAACUCACUCUGCCCAUAAAGGAACACCUGAUCUCUCAAUAGCUUGUAAUGCAGGUUAUUUGUUGAAGUCAAUAUUGUGGAGUUAAGAAUCGGAAUUCACCAACCACAUAGUGUGAGCGGAAACCAGUGUUGCACUGCUCAGUCAGCAUACUGUCACAUAUGGUUGUAAUCACUACUGACUGGAUUGGCGUGUCCUUCUCAAACUCAGACGUCACCUCCUGCAGUCGAGAAUAAAACUCUCUGUCUUCUUUCGUAUUCACUCUCUCGUCCAUUUUAUUAGUGGACAAUCACGACAAUCACAAAUAGAUGCAAUCAUCACAAAGACUUUGAGGAUGGCGCUGGUUUCUCAACAGACUGACUGAAUUCAACAUUCGUAAAUGGAGUCCAAUCCGUGUAGAGAAGUGGUGUGUAUGGGUACGACAAUUUAUGAAAGCGUUGUUCAGUGACACCGACUAGCAUUGUGAAGAAGUGACAAUCGCUGAUUUGUUGUGUCCCCCAAUAUAUGUUUUGAACCGUAUAGUUAUUCAAACACUAGUGUAUAAAUUCACACAUAAAAUAAUUUUAGGUAUGACAAAAUUAAUUUGAGUAUCAUUUCUGAUAUCUAACAUAUUGUAGAUGAUAGAUACGGUGAGAAUAAUUUUGAUCGAUUAUCCAUGAUUAUUCUCAAAAUGUGAAAACCAAAUCAUGGUUUUCCGAAAAAGAUAUGUCCGAAGUGAGAGAGUACUGCAGGCCAAACAAUGUGUGAAUAUUGUUCGGAAUGUUUCUCAAUCAACAAAGUAAUUCUCGGUACGCAGGGAUAAAACGUUGGUGAAAAUAAAAGUACAAAAGUACCACUAUGCAAUUACAAAAGUACAGCGAAUAAGACGAAAACAACCAGUGUUAACUUCAUGCGUUAUAUAACAUGUGCAUGUACAUUGAUUAAUUUUAAAUACGUUUAAUAUGAGGACACAGAUGAGGAGUGAAAUAACAUUGGGGACGUGUUGUGUAAACUCACACUGUGUCUUCCUAAUCAGUUCGGGAUAGUGUAACUCACUCUGCCCAUAAAGGAACACCUGAUCUCUCAAUAGCUUGUAAUGCAGGUUAUUUGUUGAAGUCAAUAUUGUGGAGUUAAGAAUCGGAAUUCACCAACCACAUAGUGUGAGCGGAAACCAGUGUUGCACUGCUCAGUCAGCAUACUGUCACAUAUGGUUGUAAUCACUACUGACUGGAUUGGCGUGUCCUUCUCAAACUCAGACGUCACCUCCUGCAGUCGAGAAUAAAACUCUCUGUCUUCUUUCGUAUUCACUCUCUCGUCCAUUUUAUUAGUGGACAAUCACGACAAUCACAAAUAGAUGCAAUCAUCACAAAGACUUUGAGGAUGGCGCUGGUUUCUCAACAGACUGACUGAAUUCAACAUUCGUAAAUGGAGUCCAAUCCGUGUAGAGAAGUGGUGUGUAUGGGUACGACAAUUUAUGAAAGCGUUGUUCAGUGACACCGACUAGCAUUGUGAAGAAGUGACAAUCGCUGAUUUGUUGUGUCCCCCAAUAUAUGUUUUGAACCGUAUAGUUAUUCAAACACUAGUGUAUAAAUUCACACAUAAAAUAAUUUUAGGUAUGACAAAAUUAAUUUGAGUAUCAUUUCUGAUAUCUAACAUAUUGUAGAUGAUAGAUACGGUGAGAAUAAUUUUGAUCGAUUAUCCAUGAUUAUUCUCAAAAUGUGAAAACCAAAUCAUGGUUUUCCGAAAAAGAUAUGUCCGAAGUGAGAGAGUACUGCAGGCCAAACAAUGUGUGAAUAUUGUUCGGAAUGUUUCUCAAUCAACAAAGUAAUUCUCGGUACGCAGGGAUAAAACGUUGGUGAAAAUAAAAGUACAAAAGUACCACUAUGCAAUUACAAAAGUACAGCGAAUAAGACGAAAACAACCAGUGUUAACUUCAUGCGUUAUAUAACAUUUGCAUGUACAUUGAUUAAUUUUAAAUACGUUUAAUAUGAGGACACAGAUGAGGAGUGAAAUAACAUUGGGGACGUGUUGUGUAAACUCACACUGUGUCUUCCUAAUCAGUUCGGGAUAGUGUAACUCACUCUGCCCAUAAAGGAACACCUGAUCUCUCAAUAGCUUGUAAUUCAGGUUAUUUGUUGAAGUCAAUAUUGUGGAGUUAAGAAUCGGAAUUCACCAACCACAUAGUGUGAGCGGAAACCAGUGUUGCACUGCUCAGUCAGCAUACUGUCACAUAUGGUUGUAAUCACUACUGACUGGAUUGGCGUGUCCUUCUCAAACUCAGACGUCACCUCCUGCAGUCGAGAAUAAAACUCUCUGUCUUCUUUCGUAUUCACUCUCUCGUCCAUUUUAUUAGUGGACAAUCACGACAAUCACAAAUAGAUGCAAUCAUCACAAAGACUUUGAGGAUGGCGCUGGUUUCUCAACAGACUGACUGAAUUCAACAUUCGUAAAUGGAGUCCAAUCCGUGUAGAGAAGUGGUGUGUAUGGGUACGACAAUUUAUGAAAGCGUUGUUCAGUGACACCGACUAGCAUUGUGAAGAAGUGACAAUCGCUGAUUUGUUGUGUCCCCCAAUAUAUGUUUUGAACCGUAUAGUUAUUCAAACACUAGUGUAUAAAUUCACACAUAAAAUAAUUUUAGGUAUGACAAAAUUAAUUUGAGUAUCAUUUCUGAUAUCUAACAUAUUGUAGAUGAUAGAUACGGUGAGAAUAAUUUUGAUCGAUUAUCCAUGAUUAUUCUCAAAAUGUGAAAACCAAAUCAUGGUUUUCCGAAAAAGAUAUGUCCGAAGUGAGAGAGUACUGCAGGCCAAACAAUGUGUGAAUAUUGUUCGGAAUGUUUCUCAAUCAACAAAGUAAUUCUCGGUACGCAGGGAUAAAACGUUGGUGAAAAUAAAAGUACAAAAGUACCACUAUGCAAUUACAAAAGUACAGCGAAUAAGACGAAAACAACCAGUGUUAACUUCAUGCGUUAUAUAACAUGUGCAUGUACAUUGAUUAAUUUUAAAUACGUUUAAUAUGAGGACACAGAUGAGGAGUGAAAUAACAUUGGGGACGUGUUGUGUAAACUCACACUGUGUCUUCCUAAUCAGUUCGGGAUAGUGUAACUCACUCUGCCCAUAAAGGAACACCUGAUCUCUCAAUAGCUUGUAAUUCAGGUUAUUUGUUGAAGUCAAUAUUGUGGAGUUAAGAAUCGGAAUUCACCAACCACAUAGUGUGAGCGGAAACCAGUGUUGCACUGCUCAGUCAGCAUACUGUCACAUAUGGUUGUAAUCACUACUGACUGGAUUGGCGUGUCCUUCUCAAACUCAGACGUCACCUCCUGCAGUCGAGAAUAAAACUCUCUGUCUUCUUUCGUAUUCACUCUCUCGUCCAUUUUAUUAGUGGACAAUCACGACAAUCACAAAUAGAUGCAAUCAUCACAAAGACUUUGAGGAUGGCGCUGGUUUCUCAACAGACUGACUGAAUUCAACAUUCGUAAAUGGAGUCCAAUCCGUGUAGAGAAGUGGUGUGUAUGGGUACGACAAUUUAUGAAAGCGUUGUUCAGUGACACCGACUAGCAUUGUGAAGAAGUGACAAUCGCUGAAUUGUUGUUUCCUUGCAGUGAUUCUUUGAACUUACUAUUUUUGUUUCUUUUUUCCCCUGUGUGAUUUUUUUCUCGUUAUGUUCUAGCAGUCUUUCUCUUUUCUGGCUGUUUUUUUGAUUUUUUCAGUUGGAUUGUCCUUUUUAUAUGUUGUUUUAUUUUUAUCUUAAAAAUUGUAUUUAUCAUUUUUUAUUGGAUUAAGAAUUCUUUUUGAACAUAUUAAGGAGGGUUACCUUCAUUGGUUUUUCAAUCCAAUGCCUUAUUAUGCGUUAAAUUUUUUCGAUUUAGUUUUGCUUUUUUAUGCUUCUUUUAUUUUCAAUCUGACAGGAAUUUUCUUGUUUCUUCUCUUAAUUUAUACCUUCCUACACCAUUGAUUCGUUAGUGGUCAACCUGAUUAUUGCAAUUCUAUUGCAUCGGUAUUAAUUCCACUAAACUCGUGUGUUUAGUCUUCAUUCUAGCUUGUGUAUCUACUUCGAUAUAUGUCAUAUAUAUAUAUAUAUAUAUAUAUAUAUAUAUAUAUUCCCUAAUCACCAUGUUUAUCUUUUCUAUUUGUAGAUGAAUAAUAAAUGUGGCUUCGCGUUGUGACUACUGAGUACUCAUUCCUUUGCAUGAUGUUGAACGCGAAAUAUUCUGUUAAGUUCUAAUACACCACAAAUUAAUAUAAACGUUUCCAAUUUCACUUAAACCAUGUAGUUGUAGUUUCUUUUAUCAACAAUGUUUGAAAUAUAUUUUAUAAUU